GACAGGGUGCAAGUGCCACUGCCGGUAAGGGACCCCUUGGGUGUUAUCAUCCUCCAGGUAUCUUCUCUAUACCACUUGGUCACAAUGCACAUGGUUACAGUGGGCAUGCUGGUGCUGGUAACUAUUCUUUUCCAGACUUGAUUGAGGGAGAGUCUACCAUGGAUGGCCAAGGACAGGGUGCAAGUGCCACUGCCAGUGAGGGGCCCCUUGGAUGUCAUCAUCCUCCAGGUGUUUUCUCUUCAAAGCCUUCUAGUCAGAAAGCGUCUGGCCAAAGUGACCAUGUUAUGCCUGCCAACUUUUCUCACUCUGAACUGCUGCAACUUGCCUCAGCACUUGGUCUGAACUUUGAGUCCUCUGCAUUACAACAGCCUGAUAAUCAAGUGGAGCUUUUGAAAAAACUUCUAGCUUUGCAGACAGGUGUUAGUGAUGCUCAAGGGUCAAGCACUUACAAUGCCUCUGCGGCUGACUCACCUUUGAGGUCAAAUUGCUAUAGCAAAGCUGGUUAUUCUGUGGUGAUUACUGAUGGGCAUCUUUGUGAAAGCACCAGUGAAAAGGGUGUGGUUGUGAUGGAGAGUGGAACUCAGUUUUGUAUUCUAAUAGCAAACAACAAUAACUAUGCUGCUGAGGUGGAUAUAACAUUUGGUGGAAUGUGGCUUGGGGUUUGGGUCGUGGAAGCUAAGCAGUCAUUAUCUACACCUUUGGUUAUAGAGGGCUCUUCUUGGGCUCCGGGUAGGCUGAAAUUUUUCAGUGCCUUAGAUGUGAGAAAACCAAAGCCUUCUGUGGACAUCUACGGUGACCAACCUGACUUGAAUGGUAGAAUUGAACUGGAAUUCAAGCCUGAGGUCAAAAUAUUGAAAGUGCAUGCAAAGUACGUAAGGGGAGACAAGCUGUCUGAAAUAUCAAUAAUUGAAACAAAGACCACAACUGUUGGCGACUUGAAACAAGAGAUACGNACUUGCCUCAGCACUUGGUCAAAACUUUGA